AUGGCGACCAAACCCUACUUCCUCUGGGGGGACACGAACGCCGCCUCCGCCGCGGCCUCCGACUCCGACGCCGCCGCGGUCUUCGGCUCGCGCGCUCCGGAGACAGCGACGCUGCUGGCCGCCUCCACGGCGGCGGGGGACACGGCCGCGGUCUCGCCGGAGCUCGGGGCAGCGGCCGUGGCGCGGCCGCGGAUGCGGCGGAACUCGUCCGGGUCCGGGAAGCAGCAGCAGCCGGGCGGCGGCGGGGCCAAGAAGCCGCCGCAGCGCGGGCUCGGCGUCGCGGAGCUCGAGCGGCUCCGCUGCGGGGGCGACCCGCUGCGCGAGCUGGUCGCGGACGCCGCCGGCGCGCAGGGAUACCCGCUGCUCCACUACCACCAGCAACACCUCCUUCAGGUGCCGCCCUCGGCGUUCGACUCCGCCGCCGGCGCGCGCUACUGCUCGCAGCUGCUGGCCCCGGCGCCUCCGCCGCCGCCAGGUCCCGCUCCGGUCUGCUUCCUCCACACGCCCGCGGCGGCCAGCUGCCAGAGGGCUCCGCUCGUGGCGCUGGAGCAGCAGUACUUCAGGGACCGGUGGGGCCGCAUGGGGGGCUUCCCUACGGCUGGAAAUGGCUCCGGCGGUGGCGCCGACCACCAGCCCCAACUGCUGCCGGCGACGCUGGCGCCAGAGCACCCUUCAAGCCAAAACACCAUCUGGCGUCCUGCUGCGUCCUCCUGCCUCCACACCGGACACCGCUGCGACAUCUGCUGCAGGAGGAUGAGGGCCUUGGCAGAGAGAGGAGCACUGGCACCGACGCCUCCUGCGUCUCCAAACGCCGCCGGCUCCAACACCAACGCCACGCCAGACUACUCCAUCUACGAUCUGGCCGCGGCCAUGGGCACCGCUCGCCAGGGCGGAGCGCCGGCGGCGGCCGAGGCGCCGGCGAAGAAGGAGGUGAGGGAGAUCGAGUUCUUCCCGGCGGCGAGCGCGCACCACACAGGCAGCGGCGGCGGGGGCGGCCGGGUAUCCGUCCGCGGCGACUCGGAGCUCGCGGCGCCCUUCUCCUCCCCGUACGGCGCCGCCGCCGGCCGCACCGCACCGCAGCUCGACCUGUCUCUGAGGCUGUAG